CUAAAAUAUUUUUACUUCCACAGUACGCAUAGUAUUGGCAAGAAUCACCUGAAAUGGGUUCGGAUCCUCGACUAAUAUAUGAAUAUCCCAACUAUGAAAAUACUAUAGCCUUUACUGAAUACCAGGCUUCGUCUCCAGAAAAGUUCUCUUUACCAGAUGAUGAUAAAUUUGUGCUUUAUGCCGCUGGGUCUAAUUACUCAUUCCUCAUUCUAGAUAAAGAUCCAAAUAUCCAGCUCUUCGUGCACCCAGAGAUAUCCUCCAUUCAAGAACUCCCGGUGGACUUGUUCGUUUUGAAUACUCUGUUUUUGGUUUGGUGUGAUCUGUUGAAUAAGGGGAUUGAAUUUCCUUACCAAGGCAUCUUAUUACACGCCUUACAAGAGCCUGAUAAACUUUACUUACAAGUAUCUACGAGUGAUUUAUUCCAAGUACAAACUCAAAAGGAAUCGGAGCUCGUUCCCACCAUUGAACUUGUAUUAAGUCCAAACUCGAAGAUGUCGAGACAACAGGAUUCUAAGCUUUUGAGUAAGGUGCCCGACUCAGUAGAGUCUGUUUAUCACGCUAUGUCUAAAUGUUCGGCGAUGCACUUUGAUUCUGAAAACGAAGACCAAACCGACAUGGCCAACACAGGCUUUGAUUUUGCCCAUUCGUCAUUGAACCCUGAAUUUAUGGAGGUUUCGGUUCCUAACAGUUGGGUCAAUGAAGAGCCACCAACGAUUCACAAUACUGGGGAUGCAGAUGACUUGGAGUGCUUGGAGGAAUCUCACGAAGAACCCGAAGAAGCUGGAAUGCAUGUAGAUAUUGGAUUUGCCUCAAUUGCAGGAGCCAUCAGAAGACGUGAACACGACGAAGAAGACAGUGGCCGGGCCCAAAGACUGAGACCCAACUAAUAGAACAUGCAUCUGAAGUAAAUGUAGUCUUCUCUAUUUAUAUGUACGAAUCAUAUAGAUAACGAAUAUAUAUAAAGUUCUGGGGAUUGGAGGAUGACGAGCUCAUAAUUAAUUUAUACCCUCAUAUUAACACUAAUUGAGAAACUAAAUCUGAGCAUUCCAUUCUUGUUCCUCAGCCUAACCGACAUACUCAAAUAAAACCCGAAUUCUUUCGCUAGUACACAUUCUCCUCUAAAUAUAAUGAGAACAGCAGAAGAGAGGCUUGAGUUCAAAAACCAUUUCUUCAAGCUUGGGCAAGGCAGGAUUAUUGAUUUGACAGACAAAGCAUACUGGAGUGUCUUCUGGGAAAAGCCAAAUGGUGCUAACGAUAUAUUCGAAUUACUAACCCCGUUCGAUAUCCAAUCUCUACGAGAUCAGAACCGUUCCAACUUCCUCCUGUUGAUCUACGUUCUUUGCCAGAAACUUAUAGCUUUCGUUGACCUC